AAAAGGAGAUGAUGAGCCAGAGGGGCAGCUCAGCGCUUCGAUACAACCUAAGCUGGACACUUCUUGUUUUUAAAUCCCACCUCGCCUUCGGCGGCGACCUGCAUCAACGAAGAGGAUCUCGCCGUCCGGUGGCACGAAAGGCUCCUCUUGUUGGCUAUCCUGGACGUAGAAGCCAUGGCGCAGCUGGUGGCGACUAGAUCCAUCCAGAGUUCGCACCUUUCGCGCCCAGAAGCCAGAUCCGAGGGCCGGAGCAUGCAAGCGUGCGACCUGAAGCCUUCGAGCAUCCCUUCUCGAUUCUACCGCCAGGAGAAGAAGACGAGCGUGCAGGUGGGCGGUUGUCGCCGCUCCGCCGUGGUUGCCGUGGCCAGGCCGCUGUCUCGUCCCGAUUCCGGUGUUCUUCCUGUGUCUCCGGAUGACGUAUCAAAGGAAGAAGCGCAGUAUCAGCAUCUGAAGAGCAUUCAACAAUUGGGUGAUGUUUCGAAUGGUUUCUUGUCUAAGCCAAAUAAAAUGUGCAAGACGAAGAUAGUCUGCACCAUUGGCCCAUCGACCAACACAAAGGAAAUGAUAUGGAAGCUGGCUGAGGCCGGCAUGAAUGUUGCUCGGCUUAACAUGUCUCACGGAGACCAUGCAUCUCAUCAGAAAGUUAUUGAUCUUGUGAAAGAAUACAACCUGCAAAAUAAGGACAAUGUUAUUGCAAUUAUGCUCGAUACAAAGGGGCCUGAGGUUAGGAGUGGUGACUUACCUCAGCCAAUUAACUUGCUUCCUGGACAAGAAUUCACUUUCACAAUAAAAAGAGGAGUUGGCUCAGAGACUUGUGUUAGUGUAAAUUAUGAUGAUUUCGUCAAUGAUGUAGAAGUUGGUGACAUGCUUCUUGUAGAUGGUGGAAUGAUGUCCCUAACGGUGAAGUCAAAAACUGAGGAUUCUGUCAAGUGUGAAGUUGUUGAUGGUGGCGAACUCAAGUCCAGGAGGCAUCUAAAUGUUAGAGGAAAGAGUGCAACCUUGCCAUCCAUCACAGAAAAGGAUUGGGAUGAUAUCAAAUUUGGAGUUGAGAACAAAGUGGAUUUCUAUGCAGUUUCUUUUGUAAAAGAUGCCAAAGUUGUCCAUGAACUGAAGGAUUAUCUGAAGAGUUGCAAUGCAGAUAUACAUGUUACAGUAAAGAUUGAAAGUGCCGAUUCGAUUCCAAAUUUACACUCCAUAAUUUCUGCAUCUGAUGGGGCUAUGGUAGCUAGGGGCGAUCUUGGAGCUGAACUCCCUAUUGAAGAGGUUCCUCUGCUGCAGGAAGAGAUCAUAAGAAUAUGCCGGAGCAUGGGAAAAGCUGUUAUUGUAGCAACAAACAUGCUUGAGAGCAUGAUUGUUCAUCCAACACCAACACGUGCUGAGGUCUCAGACAUUGCCAUUGCAGUCCGUGAGGGUUCUGAUGCCAUAAUGCUUUCCGGGGAAACUGCUCAUGGGAAAUACCCACUUAAAGCCGUUAAGGUCAUGCACACUGUAGCUCUGAGAACUGAAGCAACUCUUAAUGGAGGAGAAGCACCAGCUAAUCUUGGUCAGGCAUUCAAGAGUCACAUGAGUGAAAUGUUCGCCUACCAUGCAACCAUGAUGUCGAAUACUCUUGGCACAUCAAUUGUCGUCUUCACCAGAUCCGGGUUUAUGGCAAUCUUACUCAGCCAUUAUAGGCCCUUUGGCACUAUAUUUGCUUUCACCGAUGAUGAACGAGUGAGGCAAAGAUUGGCUCUGUACCAAGGAGUGUGCCCAAUGUAUAUGAGUUUUUCAGAUGACGCCGACACAACAUUCACUGAUGCCUUGGGCUUAUUGCAGAAGCUUGGCAUGGUCAAGGAAGGCGAGCAAGUAGCUCUUGUCCAGAGUGGCCGGAAACCUAUUUGGAGGUCCCAAACCACACACAACAUCCAGGUCCGAAAGGUUUAAUCGAUUGUGAUGAAACAUAAUCAACCUAAGCAUUUAGACUUUUGCUGCCUGCUCCAGUUUUCCAAUUUAUUUUGAUUGUUGUGUUGAAUUAUUAUCCGAUAUUAUGCAUCGCUUGACAAUUUUAUGCUA